AUGGAGAAGAAGAGCCAACCACCACGGUUUCAGCCGCUGUCGUAUGCAAGUGCUGUCCGCGGGAAACUAGGCGCACAACUCAAGGUGAAGCCAACUCCGACUCCGGCUCCAACUCCAACUCCGGCUCCGGCCCCGACACCGAAGACCGAAACUCCUCUCAAACCUUCAGCGGCCACAUUUGUCCCUGGGAAGCCAACUAUGCAGCAACCCCCACCAGCAGUACCUAAUCUCAAGCUGGCAGAGCAAACAAAGUCCGCUCUGCAUACGAAUUCUACGACCGCUCCGUCACGAAACGAGUUCCCGCAGCUCGCGCAACCUGUGGCUAAGCCGAAGUUGGCUCCAACAUCUUAUGCCCAAGCUGUGACGGGUAAACGGACAACCGCUUUGGUGGUCAAGAAGAAGGAACUGCAAGGACCGCAGACGGAUUCGAAGAUGGCAGAAGUCGAGAUCACCGUGCCAAAAGAGCUAGGGAAAGGGCCUCAGAAAAGUCUUGAGAAGAGCCCCGAGAAGAAUCCGGCCAAGGGUGCGGACAAGAAACCCCAGAAGAACUCUCAGAAAAGUCCCGAGAAGAGUUCUCACAACAGUCUUGAGAAGAGUCCCCAGAAGAGCCCUCAGAAGAAUCCGAAGAAAAGUCCGAAGAAGAAAAAGAAGAAAGGAAAUACCGUUCUGGAAGCGAGCCUUCCGGCGUUAGAUUUAACUAUCAAGCCACAACCCAUUCCACAACACCCAAAGGCAAUCAAGAAGGGUCAGGAACCGGAGAAGAAAGGUGCUGCCACAGUUGAGCGAGGUCCGACAGCGCCCCAAGGUGGCGGCGUUACCAAGGAGAGCACACGCAGCACGAAUGCAUGCAUAAAUGCAGCUCUCGCUGAACAAAACCAAGGGAAGAAACUGUACGCCGAACCGCCCUGCAGACGAAGCCCAGUUAAAGCAUCACCAUGCAUACGGAAUGCCCCAACCAAGCUGAAGGCCGCAGGUUGGGGAGGCCAAAACCGGCACCCUCCUGCCACUAUAAGACCAAGGCAAAGGAGCACAACUUUCCCUGGUUUCGAAAACUCCUCUCAUCCAUUCCACAAUCAGUCUCCCACGCUCAAAGAUCGCUUUCAACUUGGCCAGCCACCGUCGACCAGCUUCGCAUCACGCUUUGCCAAAAACCUUCAAUACAACCACCACGAACUUAAUCUCCAACCUCGGUUCAAAGGCUUCUUACCAAAAAUGGUUCGCCCUAUCGCAUUCUUCCCGGGCCGUGGCCGCCCUAUCGACGCUGAGCAAUGGACCAGAGCACCAGCAACUCGCAACAGAUCCUCCAACUUUCUCGGAGCAGGAGAUUUUGAAAUCCAUUGCGAUGAACCAGGCGAAGAAGGUCUAUGGCCGAAAGCCAUCCAACAACAGAAGCGGAUCGCUGAACUUAUCAAGCAACACGACCGAAAGGAGAUCGAGCACGUUUCCCCAUUGCCCCUAGCUGUCAGCUUGUGGCAAGAUCCCAAGGAUUUCGACGUCGUGAUCGAGUGCGGAGACAGAAAGUUCUUCGCUCAUCGCCAAAUGCUUGCUCGAGAGCAAAGUGUCUUGAAAAAGGAGUCUUCUGAAGUAAUUCCAGACGGCAACUUUACCCGCCUCGUGUAUCCCAAUACGACUCCCGAGCGGAUGGCCAACGUCCUGGCAUUCAUCUACGACAAGAGUAUCAUGAAAGGGCAGAUCUUUGCUCCCUCCUCUUACCGACCCCUCAACGGCGGGAUCAUCCUGAACAACGUCCUGGCCUACCUCGCCAGCAUCGAACUCGAGUGCCCCUUACUGUGCUCCGUAGCGCUCGCCAACCUCCAAGAAGCAACUCAAGGCGUCAAGACCUUCUUCGCCGAACUCUACGACGCCAUGCAGAUCCUCGUCGACGGAGCAAAUGAAGACCAAAUCCCCUCCUCGGAGUGGGACUUGCUCACACCCACAAUUUUCCGCAACAACAACGAGCUUGAAAACCUCUACAAACCCAUCCGCAUUGCUUUGCAGGCCCUGUUUGAUGUGUUCCAGCACAAGCCGGGCAAGUUCUACGCGGUCGAGAUGAUGCCCCUGCGGGAGGAGCUCUGGCUGCUGGCGUACGUUAUCUACAAUCGUCUUAAGCUCAGCAAGAAAUUCAGAGUCGAAGAACAGCCGCAGUGGGAGAAUACCGGGCUGAUGUCGAUGUUGAUGGAGGAGCAGAUGUUUUUGGUGGAGUAUGGGGCUGAGGCGCCCGAGGGUUUCAGGUUUCAAGAGCCCGAGGCAACAUGGGAUUUGUGA